GUAGAAAAUGCCUUGAAAAGAGGAAAUAUAGGAAACCCACUCCUACAGCCAGCAAAUGUAAACCAAGUACUAAUAAACCAAAUGGCAAAAAUGGAAGAAACCAUACAAGUGCUCCAUACUGAAGUAAAAGAGAAUAAAGAAACUUGUACAAACUGCAAUCGGAAAGGACAUGUAGCAAAAAAUUGCUAUGCGAAAAGUAGUAGGUCUAAUGAUGCACCACAGUCACCUUGUCCUAAGUGUGGAAGGAAGGGACAUUGGGCCAGAGAUUGCCUCACCCCAAAACAGAGAAAUCAGGAUAGAAGAAACAACAACAAUGCACGAAGUUAUAAUGGAUAUCCUAGAAAACAAAAUGCAUACAUAUCUCAGGAGGAGGACACUCUCAGCACUCUAGCAGCAACU